AUGCCGUCAAACGUACGUUCGGGAGUCUUAACUUUGCUCCAUACAGCAUGUGGAGCAGGCGUACUUGCAAUGCCGUUUGCAUUCAAGCCAUUUGGGUUAAUGCCUGGUCUGAUAACGCUAACAUUUUGCGGAAUAUGUUCCUUAUGUGGGCUGCUAUUACAGACUCGAAUAGCGAAGUACGUACCUAAAUCUGAGAACGCCUCGUUUGCUAAACUCACCCAACUAAUCAAUCCGUCAAUAAGUGUAGUGUUCGAUUUUGCCAUUGCUGUUAAAUGUUUUGGCGUUGGUGUAUCUUACUUAAUUAUUGUUGGUGACUUAGUGCCACAGAUAGUGCAGUCAAUUUUUUAUCGUAACGAUGAUAACAUGAGUGGUUCGCAAGAGCAUCACAUGUUCUUAGACAGGCGUUUGUAUAUAACUCUGAUCAUAGUGUUUGUUAUCUCCCCUUUAUGCUUUAAAAGAAGUUUGAAUUCUCUACGAUAUGCUUCUAUGAUUGCCAUUGUUAGUGUCGCAUAUUUAUCUGGUUUGAUUAUUUACCAUUUUGUAAAUCGGCAUCAGCUAGAGAGAGGGCAAGUAUAUUUUAUGGUACCUCACGGAGAUUCUCAGUCUCAUUCUCCCCUGACUACAUUGCCAAUUUUUGUGUUUGCUUACACUUGUCACCACAAUAUGUUCAGUGUAAUUAAUGAGCAAGUGGAUAAGAGCUUCAAGGUAAUCAGGAGGAUUCCGAUUUUUGCCAUCGUGUUGGCCUAUUUUUUAUACAUCAUAAUUGGUGGUACAGGUUAUAUGACAUUUGGUGAGAAUAUUGUAGGAAAUAUCCUCACUUUAUACCCGAAUUCCAUCUCCACCACCAUCGGGAGGUUAGCAAUGCUGCUAUUAGUUAUGUUAGCAUUUCCAUUGCAAUGCCAUCCUUGCAGAUCAUCGGUAAAAAACAUAAUUAUAUUCAUUGAAAAUUUCAGAAAAGGUAAGUUAUACGAUAACAGAGCUAGCUUUAUUCCAUUAGACAACUUUAAUAGUGAAGAUCCGCAGGAGGCGCCAACCCAACAAAACAACGAAGAGCCAAAUCUGCGUAGUGAGUCUUUACGGCAUAUCAAUAUUAUCACCCUUUGUAUCUUACUGUUCUCAUAUCUACUGGCUAUUUCAAUUACGUCUCUAGCAAAAGUCCUAGCAAUAGUUGGUGCCACGGGAUCUACGUCGAUUUCUUUCAUUUUGCCAGGCCUUUUUGGUUAUAAAUUAAUUGGCUCAGAAUUUACGGGCACGAAUGAAAGAGUACCGACAAGCAUAAAAAUAUUCAAAUACUUAAGUUUAUCUCUAUUCAUCUGGGGGAUAGCAGUAAUGGUAGCUUCACUAUCAGCGAUUGUAUUUUUGGGCACAUCAUCACAUUGA